AUGGGCCAGAUUGGGAAGGACGGUACAAGGGUGAGACUUGGCAUUGGUGUUUUGAAACAUCAAAGAUGGACAGGGUUUUCGCGGAGGUCGCUCCUCGGAUAUCUCCACAACUACAGGUCGGGGAUCUUCCAAAAUCGAGAAGAUUGGUGCAUAUGGCUAGGUCACUUCACCUUACAAUUUGUAUGGCACUCUGGCCCGGGGUUGUGGUGUGGUAGGGGAGAACGGGGGAUAAUCCCACACAGGAGCUUCGAACAACGUCCGGUUCACGUUUGGCUGGAUAACUCCACCACCACACGGGGUAUGCGGUCGGCGAUGGGGUCAAAAUGCUCGUAUGAUCGAGGGCUUUUCGAUGGAUCUAUCGGCGGGUUCUUAUUCGAAAAAUCGAGCGAGUUCGUGGUGGAGCGGUUGUUGUGUUAA